AUGGCUGCUUCAAAGUGUUCCGGUUGUAAUAGUAUGUUUUGUAAAAUUCAUUUUUUUGAACAUCGUCAACAGUUAAAAUCUGAAUUAGAAUGUGUAAUUUAUGAGCACGAUAUGUUGAAUCAACAAUAUUUUAAAUCGUCAUCACAGAAUAAUACCGAAAAUGAGUUGAAACUGUUUAAUAUAAUUAACGAAUGGGAAAAUGAUACCAUGAGCAAGAUACGAUUAGCAGCUGAACAAUUUCGACAACGUUUUCAACAAGUGAUAGGUGAAAAAAAGGAAAAAGUGCGGAAAGAAUUUCAAACAAUAAACCAUGAGCUGCGUACACGGCAGAAUGUUAAUGACUAUGUUGAAAGUGAUUUAAGUCGAUGGAAAGAUGAACUAACAGAACUUAAGGAAAAAUUAGAGAUGAUACCAACAUCGAUUAAAAUUAGUACGGAAAUAAGUGAUCGUCUAAAUUGGUCAUCGAUGGUACAGAUCAAUGAUACAAAUACAAACAACACUGAGGGUGCUAUACCUAUAAAUCGUGUGACUAAAGACCAAGAGCAGUGGUCCAAUGUCGAUCAGUACAUCAAUGAUCUUUUACUUCCACCAGAUUCUGUACUCGAUGGAGUCCUAGAAGCGAGUGCCGCUGCCGGUCUUCCACCACACAAUGUCUCGCCAAAUCAAGGAAAGUUUUUGCAUCUAUUAGCUAAAAUCACUAAAGCUCGUAAGAUUUUGGAGAUCGGUACACUAGGUGCCUAUAGCACCAUCUGGCUUGCUCGAGCUCUCCCCUCCGAUGGUCGAUUAAUCACUCUGGAAGCGAAUCCAAAACAUGCUACCGUGGCUCGACUAAACAUCGAGCUCGCAGGAUUGACCGAUGUAAUUGAUUUACGCUUAGGAUCUGCAUUAGAUACACUACCACAACUCUCUACUGAAGGUAAGGGUCCUUUUGAUUUGAUUUUUAUCGACGCCGAUAAGCCAAACAAUCCGCAGUACUUGGUUUGGGCAUGUCAACUAUCUCAUUCGGGUACGGUAAUUAUUGCAGAUAACGUUGUGAGAAACGGCGCUGUGAUUGAUGCCACUAGCAAUGAUCCAAAUGUGGAGGGAAUUCGCCGUUUUAUGGAAUUACUCGCUGUUGAGUCAAAUGUGAGUGUUACGGCACUUCAGACUGUAGGCAGCAAAGGAUACGAUGGCUUUGCCAUUGCACUUGUAACAGAAAACAAUCCGAUUAUGAAAGAGUCCUAA